AGACAGAGACACUGUACCAUGCCUUGUGUUGUCAUGGAGACCGCUUUCACCAUCAUCUUCAUCGCGGGGCUCUGUGAAGGGGCCACAGUCCUGCUCAGGGAGCAUUUUUAUGUGAAAGAUUUUAAGAAUUGGGAUGAUGCGUCACAGCACUGCCGAGCGCAGUACACCGACCUUUCCCUUGUGCUGACCGAGGAUGACGUGGAACGGGUUAUGAACUCUGUUCCUGAUAGUGGCACAACCUCGGCUUGGAUUGGUCUGAAGCAACGCACAGAUGGACAGUGGAGGUGGAAAGGAGACAUAGCAUUAGACUUUGAAAAAUGGGCAUCUGGCGAGCCAGGUUCUGACUCCUGGAAUGACUGUGUUUAUGCGAGGGAUGGUCUCUGGCACAACAAAGGAUGUUACGAAACCUUUCACUUCCACUGCUUUAAGGCAUAUAACAGGGAGCUGACUCUGGUGCAGCAGAAGAUGACAUGGGAAAACGCUCUGGUUUACUGCAGGAGUAAGUACACCGACCUCUCCAGCCUGCUCUCAAACUACACUGCUGAGAAGGUUAUAAGCAGCACAGGAGCCACGACUGACUUUGUGUGGACAGGCCUGCGAUUCCUGAUGGGCAAGUGGUUUUGGGCAUAUAAAAGGGAGCUGACUGUGGUGCAGGAGGCGAUGACAUGGGAAAACGCUCUGGUUUACUGCAGGAUGGGAAGCUCCACUAAGCACUAG